CCCGCACGUUCUGACCCGGUCCAGACCGCCGCGUGUUUUGGCCUGCGCUCGGGUCAGAGCUCUGGAUCUGGAUCUGGAUCUGGAUCUGGAUCUGGAUCUGGAUCUGGAUCUGGAUCUGGAUCUGGUCACGGCGGCGGGAGACUUUCAGAACCAAGAGAAACUUUAAUCAGGCAGAGUUGGAUGAAAGUGAACACUCACCGCUGUCUGCUCUGUUUGUUCUCAGCUCUUUUCAUCUUCUCCUUUUUUUUAAAUUAUUAUUAAUUUUUGUUUGUUUUCCAGCAGUUUCGGGUCCAGCUUCCCGCCCUGCGCGCGCCUCCUCCUGCCGGCAGAGAGGCGCUCCUCCCGGGGAGUGCACAGCUGAUGGAGCCGGACACAUCCAGCCUACAGAACUGUGUGCGCGUAUGUGUGUGCGCGUCCCUGUAUGUGUGUGUGUGUGUGUGUGUGGAUUUAUUUCUGCGACUUGUUCUGACAGACACUCGGUGUGAAGAGCUGCGGACAGCUCGGCUGCUCCACAGGCGGCACUGGAAACACGCGAGCCGGCAGAGGUGAUGCCUCCUCCGGCCAGGAGCUGAGGGCUGAGCCGCUCUGUGGAUCGGGUCUGGGGGGAGUCUGGCUGGAGCUGUCAGAACCACGCCUAUAGGGGCCCACAAUUGGUCCAGAACGCGUAAAAUCAGCAAUCAAAGGGGCUUGGUUCAUUAGUGCUGGGGGGACGGAGGCAAGCAGGACAUGUGAGACAGUAGCUGAGCGGAGGAGCAGAGCGCGGGGCCACAUCUCUGCAGUCAGGGCGGGAUGAGUGCAGCGGAGCCGGGCUCACAGCGCCACGAACACUGAAGGAACUCCGAGGAAGCGAAGGACUCUCCCCGCGGAACGCGCACCGGGACCGGGUUGCAGCCUCCUGGAGCUAAACCUACACAACCCCGUCGUUUCACUUCGGUUCCUGUGGAUGCACCGAUGAGAGAUCCAGUUUUUACGGGGACCGCAAUGGCUUAUCACCCUUUCCACGCACACCGGCCGACCGACUUCCCCAUGUCCGCCUUCCUGGCGGCCGCGCAGCCCUCCUUCUUCCCGGCGCUCAGCCUGCCGCCCGGCGCGCUCACCAAGCCCCUGCCGGAGCACGGCCUGGUCGGCGCGGCGGAGGCUGGGCUCCACCCGGCCCUCAGCCACCAUCAGGCGGCGGCUCACCUCCGCGGCAUGAAGAGCCUGGAGCCCGAGGAGGAAGUGGACGACGACCCCAAAGUCACGCUGGAAGCCAAGGAUCUGUGGGACCAGUUCCACAAACUGGGCACGGAGAUGGUUAUCACCAAGUCUGGGAGGAGGAUGUUUCCUCCCUUCAAAGUGCGCAUCAGCGGCCUGGAUAAAAAAGCCAAAUACAUCCUGCUCAUGGACAUCGUGGCGGCGGACGACUGCCGCUACAAGUUCCACAACUCCCGCUGGAUGGUGGCGGGCAAGGCCGACCCGGAGAUGCCCAAACGGAUGUACAUCCACCCGGACAGCCCGGCCACGGGCGAGCAGUGGAUGGCCAAGCCGGUCGCCUUCCACAAACUCAAACUGACCAACAACAUCUCCGACAAACACGGAUUU